UCUCAAAUCAGGUGUUACAGCUCCGGAAAUCUGCCAUCGCACUCGAAAGUUGUUCUUCCCGCCCUUUCACCAACCAUGGAGAUGGGAACGAUCGUGUCUUGGGACAAACAGGAAGGCGACAAAUUGAACGAGGGUGAUCUUCUGUGUGAGAUCGAGACCGACAAAGCAACCAUGGGGUUUGAAACUCCCGAAGAAGGCUAUCUUGCGAAGAUCAUCCUACCCGCCGGAUCCAAGGACGUUCCCCUCGGAAAACUCCUUUGCAUCAUCGUUUCGGAAGAGGGCGAUGUAGCCGCUUUUAAGGACUUCAAAGACACCGGUGCCGCGAGCCCUCCACCUCCCAAAGCCGCCGCCCCGACACCCGCGCCCGCGGCUCCCAAACCAGUUGCGGCUCAGAUAACGCAGGCGCCGGGACCGGCGAUCCCAAGCGUCCCAGGUCAGAGGAUCAAAGCAUCUCCGUUCGCUAAAGCCCUGGCUGCUGCCAAGGGUCUUGACUUGGCUUCAGUGGCAGGCACCGGAUUCGGCGGUCGGAUCGUAGCGGCUGAUCUCAAUGCUGCUCAACCUGCUAGCGCUGUUGGUUCCGGAGCUGGUGCUGCAACUGCUGCUGCUGAGAGAGUUCCUAGCUUCAGAUACACUGACAUCGACCUGACCAAUAUGCGUCAAACCAUUGCGAAGAGGCUCACCGAGUCCAAACAGCAGAUUCCUCACUACUCAUUGACCGUUGAGAUUGAAAUGGAUGAAGUGCUCAAGCUGCGCGAAGAGCUCAAUAGCAACCUCAAGGACGGCAAACUCUCGGUGAACGACUUCAUCGUCAAGGCUUCCGCACUCUCGUGUAAGAAGGUUCCAGCUGCCAACUCUUCAUUUAUGGACACAUUCAUUCGCGAGUUCAAGGCCGUAGAUGUGAGCGUAGCCGUGUCGACUCCGGACGGACUCAUAACACCAAUAGUUUUCAAUGCCGACUCCAAAGGUUUGCUGGAGAUCAGCAAGAACACCAAGGAGCUCGCCGGGAAAGCUCGGGAGAAGAAACUUCAACCGGCCGAAUUCCUCGGAGGGACGUUCACCGUAUCGAACCUAGGGAUGUUUGGUGUAGAUCAAUUCACCGCAAUCAUCAACCCGCCCCAGUCUUGCAUCUUGUCGGUCGGGAGGACGAGCGAGAUCGCCAGGCCCUGCAAAGAGAAUGGAUAUCGCACGGUGAAAAUAAUGAGGGUCACCUUGACUUGCGAUCAUCGUGUGGUCGACGGUGCCGUGGGCGCCCAGUGGUUGCAGUCCUUCAGGACUUAUCUCGAGCAGCCCCACACCAUGCUACUCUAGGGAGAUUAUUUUCAAAGUUUUCGUUCGUCUACGGUCAAUAACCCGAUUGAUCGACUCAUUGGCCGCCAUGUUCUCUGUCGAUGGCGGGUGAUCCGAACCGCGGCUGAAUUUCCUGCAGCUAUCGCCGAAGGAAUCGGGACCUCCGGUUGGGAGAAUUCUAUGUUUGGCGUUAAUAUCGUGGGCUCGGACUUGCAAUAACUCGGAACAGCAAAAGCAAUCGGAACAGAAGAAAACUCGGGGGUUUGCUGUUCUUCCGCGAGGUUCUCUGUGGGACGGGCUCAGAAUCUAGCAGGAGGUUUGCGUGCUAUGGUCG